CGGCGAGGCCGUUGCCAGGGCAGCGGGCGGGUCCGCCCGGCCGGGCCUGGCCUGGCCCAGGUGCAGCCGAGCGGCGCCGCCGGGACAUUUAUCCGCGGCCCGGGGACUCUGAGGCGUGUUCGUGCUCCGCGCCUCGGCCUCGGCUCUGCGGGCCAGCAGGGCAACACCAGGCAAAAUGACAGCUGUGAGGUAUGAACAAGGGACCCAGCCGAGAGAAUCAUCUGGCUCUCCAACAGCUGAAGAGGCCACAGUAAGGAUUGAUAAUGGUCGUGAUGAGGGUAAUGGACCAGACAGCUGUUCCAAUGCAACUAGGAGAAAAAUUGCCCCGUUUGUGAUGUCAUUUGGAUUCAGAGUAUUUGGAGUUGUACUUAUCUUUGUGGACAUUAUAGUUGUGAUUCUGGAUCUGGCUAUCAGUGAGAGAAAGAAGGGUACAGAGAUUCCUGAAGGUGUUUCCCUGGCAAUAGCACUCUUCUUUCUCAUCGAUGUUCUCCUGAGGGUGUUUGUUGAAGGCUUCAGGAACUACUUCCAGUCCAAACUGAAUAUUUUGGAUGCGUGUAUAGUGGUGGGCACCCUGUUAAUUAAUUUGACAUACUCCUUCAUAGACGUCGAUGCAGCAAAGGAGAUACCAAGAAUGGUUAUUUUCCUCCGAGUUCUGAGAAUUGUCAUCUUGAUAAGAAUAUUUCGUCUAGCUUCACAAAAGCAGCAACUUGAAAUAGUGACCAGGAGAAUGGUCUCUGAAAACAAAAGACGCUAUAUGAAAGAUGGAUUUGAUCUGGAUCUCACUUAUAUUACUGAUCGGAUUAUUGCAAUGUCAUUUCCAUCUUCUGGGAAGCAGUCUUUCUACAGGAAUCCCAUAAAGGAAGUUGCAAGAUUUUUGGACACCAAACAUCCAGACCACUAUAAAGUCUACAAUCUCUGCAGUGAAAAAGGCUAUGACCCCAAGUACUUUCACUACAGGGUGGAAAGGAUCUUCAUUGAUGACCACAAUGUCCCAGCACUACAGGACAUGCUGAAAUUCACUGCCAGUGUCCGUGAGUGGAUGAGUCAAGAUGAGAAGAAUGUCAUAGCAAUUCACUGUAAAGGAGGCAAAGGCAGGACUGGAACAAUGGUCUGUACCUGGCUCAUAGACAGUGACCAGUUUGAGAGCGCAAAGGAAAGUUUGGACUACUUUGGGGAGAGAAGAACUGAUAGAAGCACAAGUACCAAGUUUCAAGGAGUUGAAACUCCCUCACAGAGUAGGUAUGUUGGGUAUUAUGAGAUCCUGAAAAACAAGUAUAACUUGAAACUCCCACCAGAGAGACAACUCAAAAUAAAAAACCUUAAAAUCCACACUAUGCACGGAAUUGGGAAAGGCAAUGGAACUGAUAUGAAGGUGCAGAUAAUUAUAAGGAAGCAAGUUGUACUACAAUGUGUAUGUGCCAAUCAAAAAAACUGCAGGCUUUUCUUUGAUUCUGAAAGUGACUCUGUAGUCAUUGGCUUGGAAGACUGCCCUGUUCUGAGUGGUGAUGUGAAAGUCAGAUUUGAAUGCAAUUCUGCUCUCCCAAAAGGCUAUGAUGAUUGCCCAUUCUUUUUCUGGUUCAACACAUCCUUCAUUGAAAAUAACAGCUUCCUGUCCUUCCAGCAUGUGGCUUCAUUCAUUCCAAGGUGAGCUAAACUGGAGCCUGCACAAAGAUACAAUUCUGUGCUCAGAGGCAGCAGCUAUUUCCAGCAGUGUCCCUUACGUUAAGUGGUGCUUAGCAUAUUCCAGCAAUGCUUGAAAGGAUUUAGAAAACAAUAUAUUGCAGCAUAGCCUCCUUAAUGUUGUUACUGUGCUUCUUUUAUCAAAAAUGCAGGCAUAUCUUGGGCUCUAAGUCUCCUAUAAAAUAGGGGGUGAAUGUUUCCUACUUUUAUAAACCCAUUCACUAGGACAGAGUAUGUAAGUCUGACACCCUCUGCUGUGACCUUAGCAAGUCAUAGAGCAACAGGGAGCUGGAGAAGGACAGGGGUGGAGCUGGAGAAGGAAAGAUCUCCCUAGGUGAGAGGUAUAUCCAAGUCAUCUAUACUCAGCAAGAUUAGACAUGAAAUACAUUAUUUUGAGUCAGACAUCAGCAACAACUGCAAAAGGUCACAACUGCAGCACAGUUUUAAAACCAGUGCUUUGCUGUAGACAAAUCACAACCUACUCUUGCAUGUUACAUUAAACUCCACAGGUCAAUGUAAAUAUUUUUAGCACCACUACAGGUCAGGAAAGACAUUUAUGACAUGCAGUGUACCUAGUGCAGAA